CCACCCUUAAGCCAAGUUUCCACCACACAAUGAGACUGAUCGCGGCCGGUCUGCUGCUUUUCGGCACGCUUGCCCCAAUCUUGGCCAUUCCUCCUCCGACCAAGCCACCAUGCUGCCCUCGCCACGAGGUGUUCACCGAGUGUGGCAGCUCGUGUCCGGCCACCUGUAACUCCAUCCUGGAGCGGAAUGCGAACCGGGUUUGUCCGGAUAUCUGCGUGCGGGGUUGCGUCUGCCGGGAGGGCUUCGUGCGCAAUCGCGACGGCAAGUGCAUUCCACCGGACCGGUGCGGACGGGACGGGCACCGGCCGGGGGAUUCUUCGGAGGAAGAGUCUGGGAUUAGGUGUCACCGGCCGAACGAGGUGUUUUCCGAGUGUGGAAGUGCCUGUCCGGAGACGUGCGAUUCGAUUGCGAAAGGUGGAUCCGAGCGGAAGAUUUGCACGAAGAAUUGCGUCAUCGGAUGCACUUGUCGGGAGGGCUACGUGAGGAAUGCGGACGGGGAGUGCGUACUGCCGGAGGAGUGUCCACGGCACGAGUCUUCCGAGGAAUCUUCAAAAUGCGGUUGUAACGAAGAGUUCAACAGAUGUGGAUCUGCCUGUCCGGAGACCUGUGACAUCUUGCUGGGUGUGGCUCCUCGUAAACCUUGCAUCAAAAUAUGUGUCGAAGGGUGCUUCUGCAAAGAGGGAUUCGUUAGGAACCAGGAUGGCAAGUGCGUUCCAGCGUCCGAGUGUUCUGUACCUGAACCGGUUUGUCCACCAAAUGAGAUCUUCAAAACCUGCGGAACUGCUUGUCCGGAAACAUGCGAUACAAUACGGGAGCCUAAUGCGACCAGGAUUUGCACUUUUCAAUGUGUCAUUGGAUGUGCUUGUCAGGAUGGCUUCGUACGGAAUCACGAUGGUCGUUGCGUAUUGCCGUCUGAAUGUCCAGAUUUGCCAGAAGAAUCUUCUUUCAUUAUGCCAGAAUGCGCUCCAAACGAAGUGUUUUCCGAAUGUGGAACUGCGUGUCCGGAUACUUGUGCAAACCUUGACGAUCCAAAGCCCCGACCAUGCACCAGGAACUGCGUUAUUGGCUGCAUCUGUCAGGAAGGGUUCGUACGGAACGACAAGGGCCAGUGCGUGCUGCCGUCCCAGUGUCCGAAUUCGGACGCCAUUGCGUCUUCUAGUCUUUUACUCGCCCCUCUCCCAGAAUGUGGUCCCAAUGAGUUAUACAACGAGUGUGGGUCAGCUUGCCCAGAAACGUGCGAUACGUUCAACGGAUUGGUUGAAAACCGAGCCUGCAUCUUGCUUUGCGUCCCCGGAUGCUUCUGCAAAGAUGGUUUUGUAAGGAAUAAGGACGGUCUGUGUGUUCCACCCUCGGAAUGUCCGAACCCUACCGGUUCGACGCCAACCAUUGAGAUAGUCACGCCAGUAUGUGGCAAAAACGAGAUUUUCUCCAAAUGUGGAACGGCUUGCCCCACCACAUGCGACACCAUCCUGGGACUAACCGACAACAGAAUUUGUCCCACUAUUUGCCGAAUCGGAUGCGUCUGCCAGAAUGGCUUCGUGCGCAACCAAAGUGGUCAAUGCGUUGCACCAUCCGAAUGUCCGGGAGUUUCUACACCAGAACCCAUCACAACACCCAAGUGCGCCAUCAACGAGGUGUAUUCCCAGUGUGGAAGUGCCUGUCCGGCCACGUGCGAAACAAUUUCCGGACGGACCCUGCCCCGGGUGUGUCCGGCGGUGUGCAUCAGCGGCUGCGUCUGUCGAGCCGGGUACGUACGGAAUGCGGCCGGCAAGUGCGUUCCGCCGUACGAGUGCGAGUCCAGCCCGGAAUGUGGCCCCCACGAGGUGUACCGCGAGUGUGGAAGUGCCUGCCCGCCGACCUGCCGGAACGUGCUGAACCCGAACCUGGAGAUCGCGUGCAUCGACAAGUGUGUGGCCGGGUGCUUCUGCCGGGACGGUUUGGUGCGGCACCACAAUGGGAAGUGUGUUUCGCCGAAACAGUGCCGGAUACCGAUCGGUAUCUUCACCGUUGGGAGCAGUGAAGAGCAGAGUGCGGAGUAGGGAACAAUUUUGAGUUGUCAAGAUAGAACAUUUCUGGAGUUUUUUU